ACAGCACAGACAGCAUGCUGCUUGUGCUCGGCCUUCACGAUCAUUCAGGAUGGGACAGAGCUGAAAUAUUCUUCUCUGGUGACUGGAAAGAGUGCAGUGAAUUUGCUAGCAUGGAAGUUUUCAAAGGGAUAAUGAUCCACUAAAAGCGCUCAUGGCUUCAGGGAACAGGAACGCAGGCUGGAGCGUUCCUGAGAUUUCAGCCUAUCAGCAACCCGAAAACGAUGAGUCUCAGCAGGAUGGAGAAUGUCAAGGAUACAGCGCUUUGAAUUUGUCCGUAGACUCUGGAACUUCUUCGGCUGAACUUUCCCAGCUGCACUCCGACAAUGAGAACUUCAGACUCUGCGACAGGUAUUUACGCGAGCACCUUGACACAAACGGGUUUUCAGAAGAAGAGCUUCUGAACAUUACGUUCGAGGCGUGCGAUGCUGCAGGACGAGGAGAAGUCCUGGCCUCCACUGUAGUGCAGUUUCUGCAGGCCAUGACUGGACACAGUGGUGCACAGGACAAGCUGAUUGUCCUGAAGCACAUGUUGGACCCAGAGGACCGAGAUCCGCCUGUGGACAGAGAGGUGUUUCACACCACUAUGAGGAAGUGGAUCGCUCGGUGCAGUCAGGACGGAUUAUUUGACGACAGCUACCAAGCAUCAGGAUCAGACUCCUGCAAAGCGACUGCGAAUGGAGCUGAGUUUUCUCCUUCACCGGCUGAAACUACCUUCACAGACCAAAGCGAAUAUCGCUGCGAUGCGGGUGAUUUGUUGGGCCUGGUGGCGGAGCUGAAACACGCUCAGCGCAGACUGAGAGGCCAGAACAGCAGCCUACUGAGGAGCGUAUCUCAGUGCGAGGAAACCAACCUUCAGCUAAUGAUGGAUGUUUCAGAGCUUCGUAGUAAACUUGCAAGUGCCCAGCUGUGUGCAGGAAGAGCUCGGUCUUUGGCUGAGGAGCUGGAUGAAGCCAGACGAGCGCUGAGAGAAAGUCAAGAGAAAACUAGCCGAGCUCAAGCUAACAGCCAUUCACUGAUGAAGGAGAUUGAACACCUGAAGGCUCAUAUCAAAGUCAUGGAAGAGAUGAAUGAAAAACUUCUGCUGGAGAGGAACAGUGCAGAGGAUCGGCUCAACAAACUGAAAAGAGCCAACACGGACAUCAGGGAGGAACUGGAGGAACUGCGAGUGUUACUGGCAAUGAAAGAAAGGGAAAACACCAAGAAAAACAUCACACUGCAGAAGCUAAAAGAGACUUUUCUGGACUACCACAGAAUCAUCGACGGUCUGCAGUGUGAUCUGGUGAGAUUACAGGAGCACUCACAGCAAGCACUUCUCAGGUUCGAUAAAUGUUCAAGUCUGAAAAGUCCUGCAGUCCCAAAUCAUUACUCUCUCCACCGCGAGAUCCAGGAGGCCGAGCCGAGGAGACGUGUGGAGGAAAACAGCGGCUCAGGGUCUGAGCUUCAGUCUCCUUCGUCUCCGAAGAGAGAUCUGUACAAUUUCAUCCACAAGAUCAAGUCUGCAGAGCUGCGGGAUCCCGAAUCGUUACAGAAAGCGUUCCUUCAGGACCAGCAAGAGCAGACGAGCUCCAAGCAGCUACUGACAAUUCUGAGAGAGCUGGAGCAUCCUCAACCUCCGUGGGACCAGCAGCCAGACCGCAGGCAGCUCGAAACACACCGGCAAACCCAGGAAGUGCGCAAAGCUCCACCCAUCACUUGGUGGAAAGCUCUGAGAGUGGAGGACGAAAAUCACAGCUGGAACACCCGAGACGUCCAGGACACCACCAGGGACAUGCAGGAGAAGAUCAGCGCUCUGGAGAUCCAGCUGAAGGAGGCGCAGAUAGAGGUCCAAAAGCGCAGAAAGGAGUUAAGAGAAGCACAAAUCCGGACACAGAGGGCAGACGUGGCCGUGCAGACGGAGCAGGUUGAAGAUGAGAGGAAACGUGUCGCUGCUGAGGAAGUUCUGGAGUCUAUCAGAAAGGUGGAGGUGGUGGUGAUGAGGGCGCUGCAGGCUGCCGAGACGCUGACUGAAAGCGAGAGGAGGAUGAAGGAGAGGAUGGAGGCCAUCAGCCACAAGGUGGAGGAAACUCUGAGCAGAACAGCAGACACUGAGGAGCAGCUGAAGGGACUGGAAAACCGGGUUUCCUCCUGCAUGAAGACUUCAGAUAUUUCAGCACGGCCGGACGCAAGUUCAUCAGACACUGGACAUCAUCCGGUGGUCUGCAGUGACAUCAUCAUCUCAGAGCCUUCAAACCCGAACACGACAAACCGUGGCUGCUUUCCGCACGCAGGAGCCGAGGAUAACAGCCGAGAGGGGACAUCCCAGGACACGAAGGAUACGACUCGAACUCUGAACGACUCGUCUGAACCGCUGGUGAAGUGCGAAAACGUUGUUCUCUCAGACUCUUCUUCUUCAGAUCAUCUUCCUGUGGGACUUGUUAACAAACAAAACCCACCAGCGCAGAACUGCAGUGAGAGAGAAUCUACUGCUGCUGCUGCUGCUGCUGCUGCUCACGAUCCCGUACCGGAAACUUCCCUGAGCGCUGCCUGCGAGGAGCGAAAGCGCCAUGACAUACAGAAGAACGGAGCCGGGUUCUACUUCGGGUCAGAGGAACCAGGCGGCACUGACGACUCUCUGAGAAAGUCUGAAGAACAGUCAGACAGUGGAGUUUCACUAGAAGAAGCUGACCAAACCGUCAAAGAGCUAGAGGAGAAGAAAGAUCCCAACCGUGAUCAGGACGACGAGGGAAGGAGCCGAGAAUCCGCGAGUUCUGGGAGUUCAGAAUCGGGACCGAGGGAAGUCUUGGAGAAAGGGUGUUCUGCAGAACCGGAGCAGGGUGACCAAACUUUCCCAAACUUCCUCUUAAGUGGAGGUGGAUGUUUGGAAGAAGAAUCAGGAAGACUAGAGGAGACAAACAGGAGUGUAAAGGAUUCACUAACAAAGUGGAGGUGCUGCAUAGCAGAAUCAGGAAACGUACAAAGUUCUGAUGUGUAUGAAGGUGGAAGCGUCCAGGUCCAGAUUGCAGAACCGACUGGAAAACUAAAGAAAGAAAUCUCUGCCGAAUGUGGAGCAGAAGGAGCUCCGGCUAAUCCAGCUUCUCCGAGAUCUUUUCAUCUCGCAGUACCGGAGUCCCACACACCUUUCUUCUUCCCUCACACUCGCUCUCGCCCUCCGACCGCCCCCACCAUGCCCACCCUGCCUGAAGAGGAGGAAGAUUCUCCCGAGGAGGUCGACAGCGCCUCCAGCUCUCCGUCCUCUGUUAUGCCGCUUGAAUCCAAGCUAGUGAACGUGACCCUGUCACCCCCUGCUAUCGUCCUGCCGAGGCAAGUCAAGCAGGAACCCAGGCCUCUGGAGAAAGCCAGACCGCACAGCCCCAGACCCCGGCUCUCGAGGAGCACCAGCUCGUCUGGGCCAAUCACUACAGUAGAUAAUGAUGGUCACGUGAUAGACCUGGUAAAAGAUGAGCUUCCAGAGAUGCAGCUCUCUGAGGAGGACCGGCAGAAGAACCUGGAGCUGCUGGAGGAGGCCAAGAAAGUGAGCGAUCGUUUCCUGACCCGUAGGGGGCGUCGGUCUACGUGUAGCCUCUCAGAGUCUCCUACAGGUCUCUCGCCCAACCCAACUCCAGGCUCAUCUCCUGUACCGUCCAGAAGCAGCUCCGUCUCGGCGCCGCCACAAACGGACGUCUUGGCAAAUCCUCCUUUGAGCCCAUCCACAAGUCAGAGGUUGGAGGUGCCUGCAGUGCGUGACCACGGAGAAGCAAAUAAACCCGAGCAGGAGACUCUGAAGAAGCUUGUAGAAUGGAAAUCGCCUGAGAAGCGUAAGGUUUCCUCUGGUACGCUGACCCCUCGUCAGACCUCCUCUGCUACAGCCAAGGAGCUCACCACGUCCUCAAAGGAUGUCUCAGAGUCGUGCGUCCCUGCAGACAGAGGAAAAAAGCUGACCCCGGUUCCGGCGGUCCAGAAACCAGACAGUCAGACUCCGGCAACCGGAGUGGCCAAGCCGGUACCACGGCCGGCCAUGCAGCAGGCUCCGUGCACGGCUGAGAUCAAGACCAUUGGGGCUUUCCCGCCUCUCAUGAGGGCUGUCUCGUGGGAUACAGUGGGCUCUCUGAACAUGAGGAACGGGGGACCUAAAGGAGAAGACGGCCUCUCUUACCCUGACAACCUAAAGCCUCCUGUGAUCACCCAGAAGCUGUCCAAACUUCGGGAGGAACAUAAGCUGUUGAGGAACCAGAGCAUCUCCGGGUCGAAGCUGCCGGACCUGAACGAGUCGGCCGAACAAGACCAUGAUCCCUCGUCUUCUACGAAGGAGUCCACAGCAGACGAGGAGUUGAAAGAGAAAGCAGAUGCCAUGCCCAACAUAUCAGACGUCAUGCUGCGCAAGCUUAAACUACACAGAGGCUUACCAGGCUGCGCCCCUCCGCUCACAGAGAAAGAAGUUGAGAAUGCCUUUGUGCAGCUGUCUCUAGCAUUCCGCAACGACAACUACACUCUGGAGACGAGAAUGAAGCAGGCAGAGAGGGAGCGCAGCCUUACGGAGGAGAACACUGAGAAGGAACUGGAAGAGUUUAAAAACUCGCUGAAGAGCACCGUGUCCUUAUGGCAGAAUGCAGAGCAGAGGGAGUUCUACCAGCGCCUCAUCGAGACUGUAGCUGUGCUGCACCGCCUCACCAACCGUCUGUCCAGCCGGGCAGAGAUGGUGGGGGCAGUGAGACAGGAGAAACGGAUGAACAAGGCCACUGAGGUGAUGCUGCAGUAUGUCGAGAACCUAAAAAGAACCUAUGAGAAGGACCAUGCAGAGCUGAUGGAGUUUAAGAAGCUAGCCAACCAGAACUCGAACCGUUGUUAUGGAGGCUCAAUAGAAACUGGAGAUGAUGGCGUUCCACGUGCAGCGAGAUCCAUGUCUUUAACAAUGGGAAAGGCUUUACCCAGAAGGAGAGUCAGUGUAGCUGUGGUUCCCAAAUUUAAUCUCCUGAACAUUCCUGGUCAGACUCCAAGCACAGGGGGCCCCGUUCCGGGUCCUGGAGCUAGCCUUGCCACCGCUGCAGGCCUUAACCCAAGCUCUGGCCCUGGUGCACUUCCUGUACUGUGCGAGGCAAACAGUAUGAAGAGCGACUCCAGUUCAGACCCAGCGCAGCAGGGAGCAGCGGAAAAUGGAAAAGUUCUGCUGGAGCAGGAAGGCGAGGCAGCUACCCCAGCCAAAGCUUCCUGUAGCCCAGAAGAGAUCAGAGCUGAGAUCAAGGCCAAAAUCGAGGAGGAAGCCUACAAUAAAGGGUAUCAGGAAGGACUGAAGAGACUUAAAGAGCUCCAGGAAGUGAAGGAGGAAGAAGAGAAGGCAGAGGAAAAAGAGAUGGAGUUAGAAGAGAUAACUGAAGAAGAGCUGGGAGAAGAAAAUAAGCCAAGCAGGUUGGAGCGAGUUCUGGAAGUCCUCGAACGGACGUGCCCCAAGAUCUUCAGGAGGAACCGGACGCUAUGGAUCGUUCUUACUUUGUUCUUAGUAGUGUUCCUUUUAGUCAACAUCAUAAACUUCUUCAGCAGUCUUUAUAUCGAUCACGCAGACCCUGAGGCAGAAAAGUCCAGCGUUCCGGGCAAGAAGAAGUUUUUAGGAUUGCAUGUCGGAUCGAAGAGUCCGAGUCCAGAGUAACACCUAACCUACACGUUUAGAGACGGUCUGAGGAGCUGAACUUGACUUGAACUUUGGAAACUUGCUCGUGUCCUGAGGAGCCAAAUAAUUUAAUUUUUUAUUUUUUUUUUAAAAAGGAAACCAUAAAUGGGCAAAAAAAAAAGUUUUUGAUAGCCAUUGUAAGAUUUAUAUCUAUAUAGUUUGAUAUGUUACGAUAAGAGACAAAUGGCACAUUUAAUGAGAUUGAGAUUCCAUCACUUUACUCUUCUCAGGUUUGCGAGAUGAAGCGUCGUCGUUGAGAUAUUAAGCAUUAUUUAAGAGCUUUGGUAUGGGUUUUGAGAUUCAGUGCUGAUGUCUAUGUCCAUGUUUGUCUGAUCUGGCAUUCCGAGGUAGCUUUUGUGUGCAAUAUUUGUGCCACACGAUUGUAUUUUCUUUGGGAAAUCGCAAAAAUCCUGGUUUCAACACGGACACUCUGGAUCGGAUCGUGUCCUUGGAGAACGCUUGGUUAGUGUGACGAGUUUUCCAAACAAAACUACAACAAAGAACAGAACACUUACAUGUUUGUUGGUUUGUUUGUUAGCACCAGAGGUUUGUCAUGGUUUUAGAUCAUUAAUUAAUUCUCACGUGUGUUAACGGUUUGUGCCACUGCACUCCUUUUAAUAAAGGGGCCUUCAAUAAGGUUUCACACAGGGUAAUGAAAUGCGGUACAUGACCAUCUUUAUUUUCCAUUUUAUUUUUAUUUUCUGUUUCAGUUGAAAUGAGUUACAGCUCAAUUCACCCUCACAAUGUUGGAGGAUCAAUUAACCCUUUUAUUGUUGAACUGAUCGUCUGUCAUGAUGAGGAAUGGUCUCAGGUGGUUCUAAUCUCAUGUCAGCAAGGCUAGAAUGCCUUUCUGGGAAAAUAAUCUACAGCUGGAUGUUGUGAGGAAUCAGAUUUUAUUCCGUUUCCAUCCCAAAACUGAAUAUUUUAACAGCCCAACCAGUAGUGUUGUGUUAGUCUUAUACCACAGCAAUCUGUCCAUCAUAAAGAUUUAUUUAUUAACAAAAGACACGUACAUUUAUAUCCAUUUAUAGCUGCAUGUUGUGGAAUGGAUGAAAGAAGACUUAUUACUUAGGUUGAAGCAGUUAGAAUCAGUCGUUCCCUCACCAGCCUCUCUUUUAUUCUCUCUCUCUCUCUCUCUCUCUCUCUCUCUCUCCCUCUCCUACAAGCUUUCCAGCAUCAGAAAAAGUAACUUGUACUUUUUAUCCAUUUAUAGUUGUGUUCAAUUCUGUAGAAACAUUUGUUCUCUAACCAUCACUCCCUCUCACCCUCUCUUUCUCUCUUUAUCUUUCUCUCUCGCACUUUCAAUCUUUCUUUUUCUCUUUCUCUUUGUUUCCUUUCUCUUCAUCACUUUCUCUCUCUGUCUCUCUUUUUCCUCUGUCUAUCUUGUGCUCUCUCUCUCUCUCUCUCUCUCUCUCUCUCAUUCUCUUUUGUUCUCUUUCUCUCUCUAACGUUCUCUCUCCUACAGGCUUUCCAGCAUGAGAAAACUUAACUCAGAACUCGUAAUUUUUAUCCAUUUAUAAUUUUGUUGAAUCCAGUAGAAACGUUCUCUAACUAUCACUAUCUCUUUCUCUCUAUCUAUUUUUUCCUUUCUCUCUAUCACUCUUUCUCUCUCAUUAUUUUCCUGUAACAGCACAUCCUCCUGAAGUGUUUUUCAUUCCUCUCACACCGCAGCAAUUUGCCAACAGUUACAAUUUAAAAUGCAUCAAUUAUCAAGACAUGGUGUUGGUUUGUCAGCAUUAUUCAGUCCCUACAGGAUUUCUGCAGCCGAAAAUGCUUUUUCCCCCCAGAAAAAUUAAAUUGGUGAAAUUUCAAACACAGGAUCCUUAUUCUUUAAACACCUACCAUCUGUAAUGACUUUCUAUGAGAGCUGUGCUCAUGAUCCACACACGUGGUGAUGUCACGCCUCACGUCUCAACCCGUAUCUGUGGAAAAUCUGCUGUCAAUUUGAAAGAAUCCUCCGAAUAUCGUGGAAUGUGCUGGAUUUUGUGUUCAAUUCUGAAAUCGCAAAUUCUUGUAAUCCUGAAAAGACUGAUGGAUGGUUACAUUUAUGUUGUGGAACGUUUUCAGAACCUGUUUAGUUCCUGAUAAAAUGUACAGCUCAGCUGUCAGUCAGUUACUCUCAGGCCUCUAGAGUUUUCUUCUCUCUCUUUUUCAAAGGCAGGAAGGAAUUAGAGUUAAGUCAAUAAUGAACUCAGAAACUACACUGACCUAUUAGUUUCCUCAAGAGCUCCUGGUUGCUGUUGUAGAAAGGACAUUAUAUACAUUUACGUUAUUUUCUGUCCAGUGUCACCCAAAUGAGGAUGAGGUUCCCUUCUGAGCCCCUGGUUCCUCUCAAGGUUUCUUCCUUAUAUCAUCUCAGGGAGUUUUUCCUCGCCACCGUUGCCUCAGGCUACUCAUUAGGGAUAAAAUAGUAACUGGUCAGAGGAAUUGUUUUAGCCAAUCGUAUGGAUUUAUCACUUUAGAAGAACGGAGCUCGAGAAGCCUUUAUUAUCGCCACACAUACAUUACAGCACAGUGGAAUUCUUUUCUUCCCAUAUCCCAGCUGAGGAAGUUGGGGUCAGAGCAGCUAUGAUAUAGCACCCCUGGAGCAGGGAGGGGUUAAGGGCCUUGCUCAAUUACCCAACAGGAGCUUGAACCCUGAUCUUCCGAUCAACAACCGAGAGCCUUAACUUGAACUAGAACCGCCCUCCCCCACUUGAGCUGUGGUUAAUCGAAGAGUUUCAUUAAUAGUACUGUAGAGGUAAUCAUAAUAACUGAUACAUGAACUGAAAAUCAGAACAGAUUGAAUUGUUGUGUUACGGUUGAGUUGUUUUGUGUAGUGUGCAGUAAGAGUGUGUCGUGUUGCUAUGAUGAGGUGGUGAUAUGCAAACGUAAGCAGGGAAGAGUGCACAGUUUAUUCCGAUCGAAAAGCUGCUGACUCGAUGAUGACUGCUUAUUCUUCCUGUCUUCCUGCGUCAUUUCCCAGUGAAAUGAUGGAGUGUGUGUGUGUGUGUGUGUGUAGAUGUUUUGGUGGAAGGAGGCAGUAUGCCAGUGAAGGAUCACAGGAAGUGAAGAACAUUUGCUUGUUAAAGAAAACCUAAUCUUUGUCCAUCAUAUCUGGUGUGUGUGUGAGGACCUUUGGCACUUUACUGAGAAAACAUUAUUUGCUCCAACACUACUUACAUAAUAAGUCUAAGGGCAGAUGAUGAGCUGUGGAAAUAUUCAAAACUCACACUAGCGAGUGACAAACCAUUCUUAGGUUCUUGGAUCCAAGCUCUUGGAUGAGAAACAUAAAUGAUCUUGAAGCUCAUUAGAACUAAAAACUAUCCCAGGUCUGUUUGUAUUACGGGUUAUAAGUUAGCUUCAGAUGUUCAGACCAUCUUUGUGACUUCCUUCUGAGCUUUUAUUCGCCUCUAUACACAUUCCUCAAAGGUUGUAUACACAGAGCAGGCAUAACAUUAUGACCACCCGCCUAAUAUUGUGUUGGUCCGCCUUUUGCUGCCAAAACAGCCCUGACCCACCGAGGCAUGGACUCCACUAGAUCCCUGUGGUAUUUGGCACCAAGAUGUUAGCAGCAGAUCCUUUAAAUCAUGGAUUGGUCCGAGGAAUCGUUUUAGCCGAUCGUUUUUUUUAGCUUCAUAUUCACACACAGCCACCAUUUCUGUCAUUUUCUUGAUUCUGUGUAAUAAUUUUUGACAUGAUGAAGCUACAGAUUGACUCGAAUGAUCCUGUGAAGCAAUCAUAUGGCUUGUGUGGUCCAGUGUUUCUUCAGCUCCUCGUCUUAUCUUGUCCUGUACAAGCUUAUGUUAAAUAAGUUACAUAGAAAAAUGAAGCUUGGAAGGAAGUAACAGAGAUCUUUGCUGUCUGUAAUAACAGCAUGGAAUUGUAGUAGUGAACAUAGCUGCUACAGUUAAGUCGUUUUGGUUAGCAUUACGUGGGCUGAUUAGCGAUUUUCACUUUGAUUAGUGUUUCGCUAUUUAGCUUUAGAAGCGUUUACAUUUUGGCUGCUACUUAGACGCCCAGAAAGAUAAACUAUCAAGGGUCACUCAUAAAUGAGUGACCCUUGAUAGUUUUCCUGUAUGAUGUGAGGGUAAGAGGAAGUCUAACCGAAGCACAUCCCUGAUUUCAGUACUGGAGCAAUACAGUAAAACAGUGCUGUGAAAAACUAUUUGCCCCCUGAUUUUUGUCACACUUAAAUGAUUCAGAUUUUUCAGACAUUAAGCAAAUUUUAAUAUUACCCAAAGGGUAAACCCGAGUAAAUACAAAAUCCAGUUUUUAAAUGAUGUCAUUUAGUAAGGGAAAAAAUCUCUCCAUAGCGGUCUGGCCUUGGGUGAAAAAGUAAUUGGCCUCUUAAUAACUGCAAUCAAACGUUUAUGAUAUCUGGCAAUGAGUCCUUCACAUGGCUGCGGAGGAAUUUUGGCCCACUCUUUUUUGCAGAAUUGUUUUAAUUUGAGGUUAGUGAGCAUGAACAGUCUGUUUGAGGUCAUGCCACAGCAUCUCGAUCGGAUUCAAGUCCAGACUUUGACUAAGCCACUCCAAAAACUCCAUUUUGUUUUUUUGGGUUUUUUUUUUUAGUCAUUCAGAGGUGAACCUGCUGGUGUGUUUCAGAUCAUUGUCCUGCUUCAUAACCCAAGUGCGCUUCAGCUUGAGGUCAUGAACUGAUAGCUGGACGUUCUCUUUCAGGAUUUUCUGCUAGAGUGCAGCAUUCAUGGUUCAAUCAAUUACAGAAAGUCGUCCAGGUCUUGAAGCUGAAGCAGCCCCAGACCAUCACUUUACCACCACCAUGUUUGAUGUUCUUUUUAUGAAAUGCUGCGUUGUAACGGGUCCACACCUUCCAAAAAGUUUAACUUUUGUUUCAUCAGUCUAGAGAAUAUUUGUCAAUGUCUUGGGGAUAAUUUAAGAUGUUUUUUUUUGACAAAUGUAAGAUGAGCCUUUGUGUUCUUUUACAUUUAUGGCAUUUGGCAGAGGCCCUUAUCCAGAGAAGCCCAGCAGUAACAGUUUGGUGGACCUGGGAUUCCAGCUCACAACCACGCUCUUAACCACUAAGCUUCCACAUCCCACUCCUUUUUUUGGUCAGCAGUGAGUGGCUUUUACCUUGGAACUCUCCAAUAGCUGCCAUUUUAGUCCAUUUUGUCUCUUUCUUAUUGUUGAAUCAUAAACACUGACCUAAACUGAGGCAAUUGAGGCCUGCAGUUCUUUUAAAUGUUGUUCUAGGUUCUUGUAUGAGCUCCUGGGCGAGUCAUCGUUGCGCUCUUGGACCUUCCCAGAAGUGGUUGACCUAUCAAAAUUACUCCAGGUUUUCUCCAUUUGUAGAUAAUGUGGAUUUCUCCAUUUGUAGAUAAUUACUUUUUCACAUAGAGCCAGGUAGGUUUGCUUGUUUUCCCUUAAUAAAUAAAAUCAUAAUUUAAAAACUUUCUUUUUUCCAGUAGUCAUCCAUUGGGAACAUUUUUUAUCCAGAACCAUAACAGUUUCUAAGGAACUUUUUGAGAUUCUGUAUGAACCUUCUCUGGAACUGAAAUUCUUUAUAUUGCAAAGAUUUUUAUUUAUUUAUUUUUUUUCCCAGCAGUAAACCACCAAAAAAGAUUUAAUCUAACAGCUUCUCUUGGCUUUUCUCACUCUUUCUUAAGGAAUUUUUCAAGGUUCUAAUUUUCCAGGGUUUCCCUUUGCAGAGAGGGUUUCAUGUAGAACCUCUUUAUAUAUUCAAGAACUCUUAAAUCCCAGCCUUCUAAAGGGGCUGAAUCUCUUUAUGUUGUAGCCUUUAUUGGUUCUCUUAAAAUGUUGAAAUCCAUGUCAAGCAGAACCAUUUUAGAAAGUCAAGAACCCUCACGUAAAUAUGUAAAGAUCUCAUUUUUCAAUAAGCUCUUCAGAUUUUUGGAAAAAUAAAUGGGCUUUAAUUUCCAGAUCCAUUUCUGAAAGAACCAAAAGAACCAGAAGAACCCUUAAGGGCAUUGGUUCUUAGUCUGAGAAGGUUUGAGAGCAGCAGUUGCCCUUUAUAGUUUGUCUUUCUGAAGUGCUUCUGCUUGAAGCUAUUUGUGUAUUGGUUUGUCGAUUCCCUCAAACAGUUUACCCCCGAAAAUGGUAUGAUUUCCGGCGUGUUCCAUGUGUGGCUCUCCACCGGCUACAUCUUCGACGCUUCUUUAGCGAGAAACGUGUGAGAGUUUGGGUGUGGGCAUCUCUCAAAAUCUUGAAUCUAGAACCAUCAUUUUGUUUCAUUCUCCCCUUUUUUCAACAGAACCAUUACAUUAAAAGAAAUUAUAGUUCCUUAUCUACAGAGACGAGUACAUUUAUUGAUGCAGUGACUGCCCUUAAAUGUCCUUGAUAGGAGUUUGCAGUAAACAAACUUUUGUUGUUUUCUUGGUAAAGGGAAAUACUUUUCUGUAAUUAAGUAUACUCUACAGAUACCACGGAGACACAGAGAGAUAGAGAGAGAUGAAGAUUAUGCUAACAUCACACUCGGGUACCGAACCUAAACAAAUAGCCCUGACGGACAAAACCAUUUCAUGUCAAGGUCUUAUGGGGAAAGCUUUAAAGUCUUGUUUAUUCCAGAUGUUCCCAAAGGGCCUUGGGUAAUCUUAAACAUGUGACUCGGGUUAUGGGGUGCCAAUAUUUUUACUUCAUACUAUUACACACUUUUUAAAAAAAAGUCGAUUAAAGGUACAGGGUCAGUUAUCAGAACAUCAGUCACCGCUGCUCGGCCGGGGUUCCCUCCUGACCUCAUCAGGCCCAUUUUCUUCCUGUUUCCUCUUCCCCCGGCACUGUGGCCUCGCUGUGACACACUGUAAGGGGAAUUUGUGUAAUAACCGCCCCAUUCUAUCUCCCGCCCCACUGCCCCAGGGGAGAUCCCCACACUCUAUAACUCCUGGACUUUCUCUCGUCAGUCCAUGGCCCGUCUUCCGAGCUCUGAGAGAGGACAGACUUAUCGACUCAUCCA